AAAGUCAUAGAGCCACAUGUCAGUGUGGCACAGAGGACACGCAUUGUAGAGGGCAUGUUUUGUUCUUACCACGUACGUCUGUCUGAGUUGCACAUUUUGAAUAUGAGGUAAUGUGCAUUUUGUGGCAUGAUGACGAUUUAAAAAGGAUGCGCGACGGUCAGAUAGUCUGAUAGUCUGACUGUCAGAGAUGUUGACACAAGUCAGACUGGACAGACCAGUCAGUGGCAUGCAUCCUCUGAUGUCCUGUCACGUUCACUGCUCUGCAGCAAGUCUAUAAGACGCCGCACUGCCCUGCAAAUCCAUCACUUGUCUGAACUCUCCCUGCUUCCUCUUCCUCAUAGGACAAUAAGAAGCAGAAGUCAUGUCUGAAAAGGUGGUUGUGACCCCACCCAGGCCCUACAUCGAGACCACUGUAUCCAACCAGUGGACCUCCGGCAUCUGCGAUUGCUUCCAAGACCUGCCCCAGUGUUGCUUUGCCUUUUGGUGUCUACCCUGCUUCACCUGUAAGACAGCACACGAGGCCGGGGAAUGUCUAUGUUUACCUCUGCUGGACGCUUUUGGACUCAUCCCUCCUAUGACCACAGCCCUCAGGGUGUCGGUACGCCAACGAUAUGGCAUUGAGGGUACAGUUUGCAAUGACUGUGUGUACGCCUGCUUCUGCGGGCCCUGCACCUGGUGUCAAAUAGCAAGAGAAAUCAAAACAAGGAUGAAUCCCAUUGCCUUCAUCAGCAUGGCGGCCCGAUAAGAA